CUUCCAUCGAUGAUGUCUAUUAAACUCAGAUUUUACAGCAACAUGCAGAUCACGAUGUUGCUCUUGCUGUUCCUUUUGUUUGUGGACGAGACGUAAUUAGACUCCGCCCAUGCAUUUCCAAUCGUGCUGGUGAAAUCCAUGAAGACGUCGCCAUUAUCCUCGUGUGACUUUGAAAGUCAUGGAGAAAUUUAUCUUGCCACCUAAUGCAAAAGUUACAUACAAGGAUGCAACAGGGACAGAAGUCGAUGCAGAAAUAUUCAGCGACCUCAUUGGACAAGGCAAUGUGGUGCUGACUGUUUUCUCAAAUGAUGACUCUUUGUCUUCCAUAUCUGAGAAGUCUGACAAAAGCAACAGUUCAAGUGCAUCGACUGUAAUCUUACAUGAGGUCCCUAACAAGAGACAGAGAAAAGAGGACACAUCUGCACUGUCUGCAAAACAGUUGGUCGAGGAUGUUCUAAUUGAUGUGGUGAAGGAGUACUACAGGAGUAUCAAGAAAUAGAAACUCUAACAGAUGCCACAAGAAGACAACUGAUCAACAUACUGGUGGCUUACAUGAUUGAUACACAUGGGCAACUCCCUACUAAAGCUAUCAGAGAACCGUAUGCUCUUGGCAUAGUGAUACUGUUCCCUCAAAGAUCCAUAUUCCAAGAAAGGCUUUGUAUGUCUGGUGCAGAGACUGAUAUAUCAGUGAUGGAGGGAGAUUCUGUCACUCUACACACCGAUCUUACUCAAAUACUCAACGAUCAAACCAUAACGUGGAGUUUCGGACCUAAACGCUCUGUCAUUUCUCAAAUAACGAGACCGAACGGUUGCACCUCAUUUUUUGUCACUGAUGUUGAGAGAUUCAGAGGAAGAUUACAGGUGGAUCAAAUCACUGGCUCUCUCACCAUCAGAAACACCAGAAUCAGACACACUGGACCAUAUGAACUAGAGAUCUCUAGAGGAGGAACUAUACAUACAUACAAGACAUUCAAUGUUACUGUCCAACGUGUGAUCAAUGGGACAGGUGGAGUGAAGUUAGUGUCAGUGAAGGAGGGAGAAUCUGUCACUCUAGACCCUAAUCUUACUCAAAUACACAGAGAUGAUCUGAUGCUGUGGAGGAUUGGACAUAAAAGCAUCCUCCUGGCUACAGUUGAUGCAGAGACUAAUGAGAGCUCUUUAUACGAUGCUGAUGGGAGAUUCAGAGACAGACUGAAGCUGAAUAAUCAGACUGGAUCUCUGACCAUCAGAAACACCAGAACCACAGACUCUGGACUCUAUCAACUACAGAUCCGAGGCAGAGAGAGCUCACAGCUGUUCAUUCUCACUGUCAACCGAACAGGUCUGUCUCCAUGUGAGGUAGCAUUGAUUGUUAUUAAUGUCCUGAUUCUAGCUGUUGCUGGUGUAGCUGGACUGAUUUACUAUCGCCACACGAUCUCUGAAAUACUAAAUCAAACGUGGUCCGUUAUUACGGGAGAAGAUAUCACUAGGACUAAUGAGAAAAUGAUGUUUGAAGGUGACAAUCUGCUCAGGAGCACCAGAACUGAACACUCUGGACCCUAUAUGCUAUAUGACAUCGAAUCCAGAAGUGCAGAGCAGAUAUUUUUUGUCACGGUCAAUGAGAAUGUGAAGGUGAACCUAGUAAAAUAUGGAGAUUCUGUUACUCUAAAGCCUGAUCCUGAAAUCCAGAGAGAUGAUCAGAUGCUGUGGAUGUUUGGAGAUCAAGACAUUCUCAUAGCUCAAGUUAAAGCAGGGACUGGAGAGACGUACGGUGGUGCUGAUGAGAGAUUCAGAGGCAGACUGGAGCUGGAUGAGACGACUGGAUCUCUGACCAUCAGGAACAUAUUACUUCAACACACUGGACUCUAUAAACUACAGAUCAUCAGCCGCAGCGGAGGGAUCUUGACAAAGAAGUUCAGAGUGUCCAUGCAAAAUUCCUCAGUAAAGAGAGAGAAUGAAUCAGAGACUGUAGAGAUGUCACUGCUGGGUGAAAAAGUUCCUGAUGCAGUGAAUGAGCAAGAGAGGAGAAGAUCACUUUAACAACACAAGACCCGCCCACUGCUGUCCUGUCAAUCACUCUGACAUCAUCAACACAUGCUCCUGAGACUACUGUGUGUCCAGACUCUGUCCAGUCUGUGUUGAGCUGUUAAAGCUGCACACAAGAAACUUCACAUUACCUGUUAUUAUUAGUUUGACUUUCACAGAUCUGGUUUGUGUGAUUGUAGACAGUGAGUGUCAUAUGUGCUUUUAUAAGACGUUUUAUCACAGCAGUAUUUCUCUAAGCACUACAUGUGCUGUUUUUAUAUAAGUAACUCCAGUAUCGGAUUAAUGUUGAUGUCCAGCAUUGAUUAGUCUUCUUCGUGUGUAUAGUGCCUUUGUGUUCAAGCUGAAGCUCCUGAAAUCAGCCUUUCUGCACUUACAGCAAAAAAGAUAUGAUACAGCAUGUGUUGUGCUUUUUGUUGUGUUUUUAAAUUUGACAACCACAUCUGCUGGAUGAUUAAUGUUCAUGUAAGAUAUUCGCUGAUCUUAUAUCUGAUCAUUUCUGUCCUCUAGUGGACUAACACUGAUACAGCUUUUGCUUCCUAACAACGGUUUUAACAAUAUAUUAGGGCUGCAGCUAUCAAAUACUUUAGUAAUCAAGUAUUCUACCAAAAAUUCCAUCGAUUAAUUGAGUAAUCGGACAAAAUGUGUUUUUGCUUACCAUAUUUUCCGCACUUUAAGGCGCACGGAUAAGGCGCACCUUCAAUUAAUGACCUAUUUUAGAACUGUUUUCAUAUAUAGGGCGCACAGGAUUAUAAAGCGCAUAGAAUAGACGAUACUGCAGUCAAACGUUUGACUGGGUUUGUGUUAUGCAUCCACUAGAUGGAGCUGUGCUAAAGGGAAUGUCAGCAUUUUGACAGAGCGCUUUGAUCCAUAUAUAAAGCGCUACGGAUUAAAAGGCGCACUUUCCUUUUUUAGAAUUUUUUAUUUUUAUUUUUUAAAUGCAUAGAAUGCAAUGCAUACAUCAAAAAUAAACAUGUAAUUAUUACCCAUUGUUUCUCUGUCUGUACUUGUACU